AUGCAACAGCUCUUUGAAUGUAUUGACCAGCGCAAAAUCGGUAUCUUUGAGUCCCCCACGGGGACUGGAAAGAGUCUCAGUAUGAUUUGUGGCGCUGUGUCUUGGCUGUUGGAGCAUGACCGUGUUGAACAGGAGCGUGCUUUCCUGGAUCAGGAUGCCGAUAAGAAGCUUUCUACUACUGGUGGUAGUGGUAUUAUGAACAAAAAGAACAACGACGAUACGCCGGACUGGGUCCAGCAACACAGAGCCGUCUCGGAUGCGACGAUCGAACGACAGGAGCGGGAUCGGAGACGACAAGAGUUGGAGGAAAGGGUACAGCGGAUCAGGGAUAGGGAGAAGAAGAUUAGGGAGAGUAUAGUCAGGAAACAGAAGCGGCAGGCUGCUGGGGUGCAUUCUAUUGGAGGGUAUCGCCCCCAUGCAGGACAGUCCGUCAAGAAGAAGAAAGACCAAGAUUCGGAAGAUGAUGAGCUGGAUGAUGGAGCGUUUCUGGUGGACGACUAUGAUAGCGAUGACAACAAGAAGGGCGGGCGGUCAUCUAAGGGUGGCAGCUCUGAAUACGGGAACGUCUCCAAAGAAGUUUUGGAACUGUUGAAAAGUUUUGAUGCGAAGGAGGCGGCACAUAAUGGGCGGCGAUCGGGAUCUGGACUAGAUGAUGAAAACCAAGGGCCCGAUGUUCUCAAGUUAUCCCAAUUCGUCGACGAGUUGCGCAAGACUUCCUAUGGUGAACACCUCCACGUCGUCUCCCUUGGUUCCCGCAAAUCCCUUUGCAUCAACGACAAGUUCCGCAAAAAGGCUUCCACCAAAAACCCUCACUCUGCAUCAGGAGAACCUGUUGUUCAAGUCAACAAACUGAAUGAUGCCUGCCUGGACGCUCAAAAGUCGGGGACUUCUUCUGAACAUCGGUGUGAGUUCUUGCAUAUCCCUUCGUCCACUUUUGGAUCUGGAGCUAGUCGGAUCGGUGGUCUGGAUGAUGAGGUGAGUGGUCUGGAGUCGUGGAAGAGGGGGAGUAACAGUCUGGAAAUGAGUGGAGAUGAGAAGCUGUUGGAGUUUCGAGAUCAUACCCUGGCGCGUGUCCGGGAUAUCGAAGAGCUAGCACAGCUCGGGUCAGAACUUGAGACCUGUCCGUACUAUGGAUCCCGUCAGACCGUCCGACACUGUCAACUGGUCACUCUCCCUUACAACCUGCUCCUCCACUCGUCUACCCGCGAAUCUCUCAAACUGGUCAUCAAGGAUAACAUCCUCCUCCUGGACGAGGCGCAUAACCUGAUCAACAGUCUUUUGCAGAUGCAUUCGAUCAUGAUCACGUUGCCGCAGGUUAUGUUAGCGCAGGAUCAGCUCCGGAUGUACUUAGUCCGGUAUGAGAGUCGACUGUCGAGUACGAAUGAGGGGUAUAUCCGGGUGCUGAUGAGGAUCUUGCGGUGUCUUGUGGCGUUUGUUGAAUCCUGGAAAGAUAGACCUUCCUCUUCAGGGAGCGCGACGGCAGCCAUAAGUAAUGGUGAGAAGCGGUCGUUCAAGCCGGCAGAUCGGGUGAUGAAGGUUAAUGAGUUUCUGCACGCUGCCAACAUGGACCAUAUCAACCUUUUCAAGGCACAUGCAUACCUGGAGACCAGUGGCGUGGCAAGGAAACUCCAAGGGCUUCAUGAGUCAUUACAGAGGAAGGAAGCCAAGAAGUUGGCCAAGGCCGAGGGACGGGUGGGUAAUAGUGCCGCUGGUCGUGUCAAGAUCCAUCCAAGCGCCAGUCAUUCCAAUUCUUCAGCAGUGGGCUCUCAAACUCCCAAACAAGGCGUCCAAAAGUCGACCUCGCCUAUUUUGUUGGUGGUAGAUGCAUUCUUGAUGAGUCUGUUGAAUGCGGACAACGAUGGACGUGUUAUUGUGACGAUGGAGGACGAUGGAGUAGAAGGUGGUGGCAGCCUUGACGAUGGAGGAAGCGAUGGCGGCGGUAGCAGGCAGACAGGAUCUCUUUCAGGACGAGAGAAGGCGCAAGUCCCAGUCCUCAAGUUUAUGCUUCUCAACCCCGCCAACGUCUUCAGGCCCUUGGUAGAAGAAGCCCGGAGCGUCAUCCUUGCAGGAGGAACCAUGGAACCCGUCUCGGACCUCCUGUCCCAUCUCUUCCCUUACCUCAAGGAUCCUUCUGCUUCCUCUUCACUGACUAACAGUUUGACAGAGAGGCAAUAUCCAAGGAUCCACCGCUUCACAUGUGGACAUGUCAUCCCCAAGGAGAACUUGAUGGCGAUUGUGCUGGAAAAGUCGUCUGUAGGAUCAACGCUCGAGCUGAACUUUGCCAACCGCAACCAAGACCAGGUCAUUGACGGGAUCGGACAGUCGUUGGCGAAUCUGCUGAACGUGAUCCCGGAUGGUGUGGUUGUGUUCUUUGUGUCGUACUCGUAUAUGGCUCAAGUUUUGGCGCGGUGGCAAGUCAAACCUCCUGCUGCUACUUCUGGUCCAGGAGGCGUAGGUAGAGAUGGAGGUGGAGGUGGGGGGGUGUUGGCGAGCAAGAGUAUCAUGGAGAGAAUCCAGCUGCGGAAACGCGUUUUUGUCGAACCCCGAGAAGCUACUGAUGCAGAUCGGAUGCUGAAGGAGUAUCAGGACUGUAUCGAGUCCAGACCUGAGCACGAUCUUGGUCAACCGACGACAGCUGCAGGACCUCGUGGGGCGGUGCUGUUUUCGGUGGUUGGAGGAAAGAUGAGCGAGGGGAUCAACUUUUCAGACCGGUUGGGUCGUGGAGUCAUUAUGGUCGGCAUGCCCUUCCCCAACAAGGGGUCCCCUGAACUCCAGGAGCGCAUGCGGUACAUGGAUCAAGUCCAACAACAGGAACUACUCCUCCUCCAAUCCUCUUCCUCCCUCACACCAGCAAGAUCCUCGACGUCGAUGACACGAAUGACGGCAGGAAGCGAGUACUACGAGAACCUGUGCAUGCGAGCCGUGAACCAGUCGAUCGGACGAGCGAUCCGACACCAGGGCGAUUACGCGGUGAUUAUCUUGAUGGAUCGACGGUAUGGUACCCCUCGGAUCCGGAAAAAGUUGCCCGGGUGGAUUGGAAGCUCGCUGGAGACUUGUGAGCAGUUUGGGCCGGUGAUGAGUAAGCUGUCUGGGUUCUUUCGUCAGAAAAAGACGGCAGCUUUAGCCAGCGCGUCGCGUCGAUAG